CGGAAGAGGGAAUAUAAACAAAGUAGUUGAAAUUUAGAAGAAUUGUCGAAGAGACAGUUCUCCAGUUGUAUUGUCGCUGAAGUACUCGCUCCUUUUUGUGAACGAUGUAAUGUAAUUCGAUAGACAGAGUGAUACAAUUAUCAUUAUUUCUAAGGUCUCCGUGUGUCGAUAGCAGGCAACAUUCAUGGAUAUCCUCCCAGCUGCUAGCUAGCGUUAGCUACACGGCUAAUCUCACUACUUGAAGUACUAAGCGUUAACCAGCUGCACCAAUGCCUCAGGAGGGUGAACCGUCUCUUCCUCUGGUCCGCUCCCUCAACAGCUUAAUAGCCAUUAAUGUGGUGUUUCGUAACUUCAGUCCCCGUGUCGUGCGACCACAAUGGAUAGAUUUCUACGGGAAACCUAAGGCAUACGUGGAUAUACAGCCAGGAACGGGACGGGAAAUAACCACCUUCAUCAGUCACCCAUGGAUGUUCAGAGAUGCAGAUACUGAUGAGCCCCUGAGGGUGAACUGCAAGGAACUGUUUCUUCCCAAACCAGCAGAGAGUAGAAAUGCUAAUAUCACUUUACCAGUAGACAGCCUCAAGGAUCGUGCUCUUCAGGUUAUACGUCGUCUGGUACGAGCAGAAGACUACAGGAGGUUGGAGAUAGCACGGUGUCUCCAUGAGGAGCUAGAAGAUCAGCCCAGUAUUUUGAAAGAUCUCCAUCGCAUGAACCAGCAUCUGCUGGAGAGAAUCCAAUGCCAGGAGGAAUAAGGCCUGAAACUGGAUGGAAAAUGGUCAUGGAUGGACAGCAAUAUUUUAUCCCACACUAUUAAAACCAGUGAGUGAGCAGCAGUUUCAAAGACGUCCUUAAAGGUCUUACAUUUUUCUGUAAAGGAGUUUGAUCUGCUGUCUUUUGAAUUCACUCAUUGGCUUUGGAAAAUGUCUUCCUCCCCAAAAAAAAAACUGUAGCAUUUACCUUUUUAGGAAGAGGAGCUUUCAUAUUGUGAUGGCAGCAUAUUCAAUUACAUAGUAUUUUGUUUGUCCUCUAAAACUGUGUUAAAGGAUUUCCAUGUUUAUUUCUAGAACGGGACAUUGUAGCCCUUGAUUCCUAUCUGUCUAUGUUAACAUCAAAUCAAAUCCUAUUUGAUCAUAGGAACAACAUCAACAUGUUUUUGUCUUGCAUAUCGUGGUAUAACCAAUAUCCGGUCCUAAGGACAUUAAAUUAAAGUGUUUAUAGUUACAUUUGAUAGGAAUUUCAUGACAUGUGCUGUCAAUAUUUUUUACUGGGGGUGCCUGAGAUAAAGUGGUCUUGAAAAUUCCAGUUUAAUGCAUUUCUCCUCUAAGAUAAACGUUUCCUUGUUAUCCUAGCUGUCAAAUUGAACAGCCAAGGCUGAGCUUAUCAGCAAUCAUCAGAAAGCUUUGGCUUUGGCACUUUACAUUUGGAGAAAGAUGGAGUGAUUGAAAGGUGUACUUUCAAGUUCACACAUGGGCAUGUUAUCUUCAAAAAUUCUGUGUGGCAGCUUAAAUAAUAUUUGGAAACCAAAAUAAUCAACAAGACUAGGUUGUGAAACACUGAAUGAGGACUGUAUGCUUCUUUCCUUUUGCCUACUUUGUAAUUCUGUUGUUCUGUCAACAUGUUCUAACUGGAUAUAUUGUUACAGAAAAAAAUAAAAGAUUUAUUUCAAACUA